UCCCGCGCGAGGCUCGGUAGUUGGGCCGGGCCUCUGCAUUGUGUGACUUGUUAGGAGAAUUUGUAUCGCCAAGUUAAGACUAUUGCUGUAUAGACAUUAUUGCCUAUUGGAUCGACAUGGCCGUAUCGGAUCGCUUUUAGCGACCAAGUGCCAAACAACCGGAAAGAAGAAGAACCAGUAUAGCGUACUGAAUUUUUAUAUUUCCGAUCCAGAAUUCGCCCUGAUAUAGGUUAGGAAAUGUGUCAAGGCUCGUCUAGACGACAAGGCGUAAGGCGCGGCGCAAGAGCGCGAGCACACAGACGCAAGAGGAUUUUUCCCGAUCAUAGGGUCGUGGCGCAGCGGCGCAAGCGAAAUAACCCAGGUUAUAUUGAAACGUUUGCUGUACAUUAUUGUAUGUGCUCUGGAACUGUUCAGUUAUUUCGAGACACUUUUGGCAGAGGACGAGGAAUGUCGGCAGUGCUUUCGACAAUUUCGCAGCUUGUGCACGAUCCUUUUAGUGCCGAUGGAGGGUAUAGGAUCGGCGACAGUGCCAAAAGUAUCAAAGUAUUGUCGACCGCGACACGAACGUUGCGCGGAAGUACGGAUACGCGGGAGGUCUUCGAUUGAAUGCGAUCAGCACCGCGGAGAUAUUCGAGCCUGUGCUCGCUUACUGAGAAAAGCGCGUGAACACCGACAAGAGCAUGCUCGAGCGUUUGCUCGACACUGGCGUCUUGCUGGAACUAAUGAAUUUGCUUGUGCAUACACAUGAAUAGAGAUGAAUUUUACUCCACGCACGUGUCGGUCAAGUGCAAGUCGUGCCUGGGCAAACUCUGUACAGUUAAGAGGGACUUGUACAACGCCGUGGUGAUGAAAUGCAGAUUCGUCAGUCUAGUAUUUGCAUCUCUCGACUCGACGGAGUUGAACCGAGCCCUACAGAU